AUGGCAGCAACAACGAUAGGUUGGAUGGGUUUAGAACAAAGUUUGGGGAAUCUUACAGAUUCAUCGGUGAUAGCGUUCCACCAUCGAGCUAUUGUCGCAUCAAUCCUGAUCGCAUUGACACCGAUUGGUCUGUUUGGUAAUGCCCUCGUCAUUAUCGCCGUUGUUGUCGCGAAGAAACUUCGUACAAUCACCAACAUUUUGGUCAUCAACCUUGCUGUCACCGAUUUUAUAACGUGUCUCUGCUUCCCGUUCAUGAGCGCGGGCCUCUUAAGUCAAACAGGAAGCUAUCCCAUGCAUGAUAUGAUUUGCACAACCAUCGCAGGAGUCGUCUUAACCUGUGUGUCGUGUAGCAGUUUGACCCUGCUCGCCAUCGCAUUCGUCCGUUGGUACGUCAUUACUAGAUCUGUCCGCGGCCAUCAGGGUAUCCAUACUCCAAAAAAAGUCGUUGCUUUAGUGGUGCUUAUCUGGAUAGAAUCCAUUGAGUUGGUGAUCCUACCACUUGUUCUAGGCAAGGGGACAUUUGGGUAUUCCAAAUACCAUCAAUUGUGUGGCCUUACAGUCACAAACUUUUUUGGAUUUUGUUACAUCUUACUCACAGGAAUUCAAAUGGCCAUUGUCUUGAUGCUAAUGCUGAUGUUAUAUCUUCUGGUGUUGCGUCAUGUUUUACGGCACCGCAAGCAGAUCCGCGACAAGUUCACAACUGCUGAAGACAUCAGAUCUGGCGCAACAUUGAACCACGAGAGCCAGGCCUCGUCCACGUCUCGAGAGUCCCGUCUACUCAAAAUCAAUGCCAUCAGCAAAAUGGAGGUCGAAAUCACCAAGAAUCUCUCCAUGGUUGUUGGUGUGCUAGUGCUCUGUAUCCUACCACUAAGCAUAGAUUUUAUGAUACCUAGUGACAAUGUAUUUACGCUCUAUGCCCCUAUGAUCAUGCUAACAAAUAGCGUUGUCAAUCCAAUCAUCUAUGGAUUCAAGCAUCCCAUCUUCAAAGAGGUCUUUAAGAGUCUACUAUGGCCGUCCCGUAUCGCCUGA